AUGGGCUCGCGGCUGCGCCCCUGGCGCGAGGCCGCCACGGUGCUGCUGGCGGCCGGCGGGGCCCGCGCGCCUCGGCCCGCCCCGGCCGCCUCCUCCUCCUCCUCCGCCUCCGCGCCCUUCGACUACGAGGUGCUGCUGCUGCGCCGGAGCCCGCGCAGCGCCUUCCUGCCCAGCGCCCACGUCUUCCCCGGCGGCGCGGCGGACGCGGCCGACUUCUCGGCCGAGUGGCUGGAGCUGCUGCCGGGCGGCGGGCCGGGGCGGCCCAGGGCGGGCGGGCCGCGGCCGCCGCUCUUCGCCGCCGAGCGGCCCGAGCUGGGCUCGCCGCUGCCGGGCGACGUGGCCUUGCGCAUCUGCGCCAUCCGCGAGACCUUCGAGGAGGCCGGCGUGCUGCUCCUGGCGCCGGCCGACGCGGGGCGGCCCGAGGCGGCGGCGGCGGGGGGGGGCGGCCCGGCCCGCCUGCUGCCCGCCGAGCGCCUGCCGCCCGCCGCCGAGCUGGCCGAGUGGCGGCGGCGGGUGCAGCGGCAGCCCGGCGCCUUCCUGCAGCUGUGCCGCCACCUGCGCUGCGCGCCCAACAUCUGGGCGCUGCACGAGUGGAGCAACUGGCUGACCCCCGUGGGCCGCGCCGGGCGAGGCGGCCGCCGCUACGACACCGCCUUCUUCCUCUGCUGCCUGGGCCAGGGCCCGCCGCCCGCCUCGCACGACCGGGCCGAGGUCACCGCCUGCCAGUGGACAAAGCCCUCAGAAGCUAUUGAACUCUUUAAGUCUCAAGACAUCUGGAUAGCACCUCCUCAGUUUUAUGAAUUAUGCAGACUCUGCAACUUCCCAUCGCUUCACGAUCUGCAUAGGUUUGGCUUUGAGCGAGCUGUAGAGGGAUGUGAACGGUGGAUGCCUGUUCUGUUGACUGCUUCAGAUGGCCACAUGCAACUAUUACCAGGUGAUGAACUAUAUCCCGAAGAUCCAGAUUUUACAGGAGAAAGGAAACCAAUGUUGACAACAAAUAAAAAGACUGAAGAUGUCUUGAAAGAGGCCACUAGGCUUCACCGGAUAGUAGUACAAGACCUUAAUAAUGUUGCAGUUCAUGUGAACAUUCCGCCCAAAUAUAAACAUAUCAACCCAUUGCAACUGGACUCUAAAAAGGGAAACAGUGCAGACUGCAGUAGCAAAUUGUAG